AUGUAUGUGUCAAAACACAAAAGCCUACACCCAUCGGCCGAAGUCGGGGGUUUCGGGGGUGCAAUUGGAAGCAUUGGUGUCGACAAGCACUUUCCUCAUGAGAGUCGCUGGACGUUCAAAAGCGACAGAGAACCUGGCCAUAACAGAAUCAUCAAUUGGGAGAUGACAGAAAAUGACAUCGACAAGCAUCCUCUGCACAGUCACAGGGUCUAUACUGCUUUUGCAUAUGCACACGAUGGGCAACCAUUUUUCAUGCACGUUGAGAUUUCUGGGAAGCUGGAAAGUGUCAGUGAUGGCGUGAAAGGGGGUUUCAAGAAAAUAUUCAGUCCCAGGGGGGCUGGGAAGGAUAUUUCAACAACACUUGUUGGCGGAUAUAAAGGCAGGCGAUGGCCGCUUGACGAACAGGCUCGAGGUCUGGAGUACGCCAUGCAGCUUGAAAAUCGACUCGCCGUACCAAUAGAACUGCCCAAGGUAGAUGUGCCGAUUUUUCGACCGCUGGGGACUACACAAUCCAUGGCACAGCACACGAUAGAGUCACCAAGACACUCAACCCGGAUCCCAUUUGCAACGCCAUCCGGUCGACUCCAAGCUCAAGGUAGCAGUCCGCAGUUGCAAUUGCCCGGGGAUAGCAAUACUACCGGAAGUCGGAGUCUUCUGGCAAGCAUCGAUCAGUCCCAGAGACUCAGUCCGAUGGAGCUGUCUCAGCAGAGCUUGGAACGGGCUGGACUGUAUUUCUCCGGUCCGUGCUCAGUGCUUCGAGAGGAGCCCAUGGACACCAUGUCUGUCACAUCACAUGACAAUUCAACACCUACGCUUGUAGGCAGCCAGACAGCGUCGCAUGAAGAUGGGAGAACAGAGAUAAUGAAUGCGAAGCCAUCGGACCAGGAGAUGGUGGAGCAGAUGAUGAAAUCUGCUUUCCUGCGAACGGUAUUAUGUUGGAUCUUUGCUUUCACAACCACAGUUUUCACCUCAUACCGAAGGAUGUUUGGACCAGAUCACAAACAAAAGGUCUUGUGA